AUGAUAGGUGGAGGAAGCUUGAAGAACUCACGACAUUCGAGCCCGAUGAGGCGGCUUGACUAUGGAAUGAGGCCCAACGGAUCCAGUCUAUGUAUCGACCCUGUUAUCGCUAGGGCAGUAUCAUCCUCAUCUCUUACCCCUCUUCCCGUUGUGUUUCAUAUAACCAAUAUCAUGGACUUCCAACCCAAGAAACAAUCUUCCAGGCGAGGUUCCGAGACCACCAUUCCAUCGCGGCACCGAUCAAGUGUGCCCUCCCCUUACACCCAACCCCCACUACAGACGGCCUUCCCACAGACACAUGCUGGAUUUCCAAUCAACGACUCAUAUCCAUUGGCUCUGCCGCUCAAUCAAGGAAAUUCUGGGGAAGGCUUCCCGGCCUUUGUCACACCAAGCGCUGUCGAAUACUCAGACUCUAAUAGCUAUCGCCAUAAUCAUAACACAGUCACAACGGGGUACCCAUACUCCAGCAGUGCCCCGGCAAACAGCAUGAUGUCCUACCCGCCCGUACUGUCGCAGGCAAAUUCCGCCUAUGCUGAUCGCUCGUCAUAUGAGGUUCAGGCAACCUCGACACACCAGUCAUUUUUGCCGCACCGCAGUCACCCGAAUAGCCCUUUAACGUCUUAUUCGGGGUUGACAGGUCAUUCGUCCGCCGCGAGUUCUUACGGCUAUCCCUAUGCCGCCAGUUCUGCGACAACAACCCCUAGCGCAGCGAACACGCCUGUACAGCCCUUGUCGCCCACACUUAUGGGAGUAGGGAGCUGGGAUAAUACCAGACAGCCCAGAGAAACCUAUCAGCAACCAACUGUGGACCGAAGCAAUCGGGAAGGACGUAGGGCUCACGUCACAGAUUUCCCACCCAACCCCUCGCGAUCUGAAUCGAUAGAGGUCCAUCGAUCCAGCAGAGGCGCAGCGUUCGACCUUUGGCGUCGUGUAAAGAUGACCAAAAAAGCAUCAGCUCUCGGCCACGCAAAGACGACGACAAGGACGACAGAAGGAAACGGACACGGAACGAACAGAGACGAGAAGGUGGUUCGGACAGACUACUCUCAAGGGUUUCCUUUGCGCCCCUAG